UCGCUGGAGCCGUUGUGAAGCUUUUAUAUACUAGCAGCCGGCGCCACCAAACAGGGAUCUGUCCCCACCAGUGCCAAGCGUCCCAAGAACAAGCGCCCACCAUGACCUCGAAACCUGGAGGGCAGAGGGCAUCUGUAGCCAGCGUUAGACUGGGAGGUACCACGGACGCCACGGACAAACCGCUCCUGAAAAUAGCUAUGCUACGGAAGCCCACCCUGGGCAAUGUGUCGAUCAGUAACCAGGCCUCUUGGAGUAUUGCAGGACUUCUGGUUGCCCAGCGAAUGAGAAAGAACCUAAAGGAGAGAAGGGCCCAGAAAGUGGCUAAGAAGAUUGAAAUUAUAGAGCCUCAGCCUCCAUCAUUUGCCUCUCGGCCCUCUGAGAAGGUCCAGUUGUCAUCCAUCAAGCAUAUUCUGGAGAGCUACCUCCCAGAGCGGAUGGGGGACAUGAAGUAUGACCACACCAAGGUCCCCUCUCUAGUGAAACUGAUCAGCGAGGAAGUCAGAACUCAGGUGAAGAAGGUCUUACCUGCACGAUACAAGAUGCUAUGCUUGGUGACAAUGGGGGAGAGAGCCCAGGAGGACAUCGCUAUAGUUAGCCGCUGCCUCUGGGAUCCUCACGCUGACAACUAUGUGGCCCACGUCUAUGAGAAUUCCAGUUUUUUCUGUGUGGUAGCGGUGUACACUGUAUUCUGCGAAUAACCUGUCCU